GUGAAGAUCUCGGUCAGUAUGCAGGACAGUCUUUCCAGCUCGUCGAGCAGAGCCCGGACGACUUUGCCCAAAAUUAGACGAGAGUCAGCGUUUGACCCGUCGCGUCUUCAGCUGCCUCGCGCUCUGAGGCAUGUCUUGGCACAUCGAGUCGAGUCGAGUCGAGGCCAACACGCCGCAGCGGCAGCAUGCACUGCCAUUUGAGGUGCAAAAUGACAAAAUGCUGGAAGUGAACCUGGGAAUUCCAGGGACGAACGGCGAAAUAAUGAGCUACGUGUGGAUCAAAACCGGCUCGAUGGUGGCGUACAGGGGCCAGGCCUCGUUCGCGCGCGAAGGAAUGAUGGAGCACGGAUUCGGCAACAUGUUGAAAAAGGCCCUGACGGACGAGGGAAUGACGCUCACCAAAGCCUCGACCAAGGAGCGGGCCCAAGUCUACGUCGCGGACUACGGCAAGAUCGUCUCGGUGCUCAGACUCCAGGGUGACUCCAUCGUCGUCAACGGCAACGAUCUGCUGGCCUUCGAGCCCACCGUGAGCCACACGAUCACCAUGAUGAAGAAGGUGUCGUCCAUCGUUUCCGCAGGCCUGUACAAUGUGAAGCUCAGCGGUCACGGGUUCAUCGCCAUUCUCAGUCACGGCCACCCAAUCUCGCUCAUCGUCGGGGAAGGUCACCCGCCGGUGUUCACCGAUCCCCAGGCCACGGUUGCGUGGUCGGGCAAUUUGAAACCCGAGAUGAAAUCGGACAUUCAAUUCAAGACGCUGCUGGGGCGCGGAAGUGGCGAGAGCUUCCAGAUGAAGUUCGACGGCGAGAAAGGAGCCCCAGGAUUUGUCAUUGUGCAACCUUUCGAGGAAAUCGUCUCCUCUUAGAAUGUUGUUUGAGUUUUGCACACUUGUUUAUUUCACUGAACCUUUCCAGGAUGCGGGUCGACCUUAAUUGUAGAUUGUACAAUUGCACAGUGUAGGAGGUAUCUCGUUCGACCGCCAGGGCAUUCCACGAAAGAAUUGAACUCACCUGUACGGACACUGGACGAUUGAGGCGUACUAUUGCUUAUAGAUAUAUUUGUUUCUGAUCUGUCAACGAACCGGGUUUUUGACUCCGAACAUUUCCUACAUAAAGUUGCCCAAUU